AUGGCCGAGAGUCAAUCUGCGCUGCUCGCGCUGAUCCCUGGUACGAGCAGCAGCGCCGUCCAGCCAAGUCAAGACAAGAAAGCUCGAGUCGAACAGAUGAGCUUACGUAUCAAACAUCUUCCAAUCGAAAUGCUGCUAGCGAUCAUCGACUAUCUUGGUCCAGCCACAUGCCGACUUCUCGCCGCCACCUGCACCACCUUUCGAGACAUUUACCAGGCUCAUUACAAGACCGAAGGAGGCAUUGUUGUCUUUGGAUCCGAAACAUACCCACUGGGAGCCACCCAAGCAUACCUCCAGAUCAUGUUCAACUGGGUUGAUUAUUCGGGAUAUAUCUCACAUGGAGACCGGAUGCAGAAAACCCCCUGGAGAUAA